UAUGUGGCCGCCGUAUCAGCUUAGUCUAUAAAAACAAACUGCUCAAACACAACCCUCCAGUCGAUCGUCGAGUACCGCUCCCAACGGCAGCAGCUCAGUGUGCUUUUCUUUAUUGCCGGGCUGUGACAUCACUGUCAGGAAAUUUUCCGCACUGCGGGCAUUCGGUCAGAAGCACUCAGCCCCCCACCAUGUGUCAACCCACGGGACAGAUGCUGUGCGAGAUCAAGAACAUGGCCCUAUCGGGCGAUCCGGAGCUGGACAACCAGAUCCGCACAUGGAUUCGGUGGGACAAAUGCCCCAGCACCGCCUGCCAAAUCAUGGACGCCGUCCGGGCGAAGGACUGGGACACGCUGCGCAAGAGGCUGUGCACCCGGAUCGCCUUCGGCACGGCAGGAUUACGGGCCACCAUGCGGGCAGGCUUCGACUCCAUGAACGAGCUAGUGGUUAUCCAGACGGCGCAGGGCUUGUGCGAGUACAUCAAGGAGCAGUACCCGAAUCCGGAGGACUGGUCGGAGCGGGGCAUCGUCUUCGGGUACGACGCCCGCUACAACAGCCACCGCUUCGCCGAGCUAUCAGCCAUUGUCUUCCUCAACAACAACUUUAAGGUGUGGCAGUUCAAGCGUUACGUGGCCACGCCCAUGGUGCCCUACGCCAUCUUGAGGCUGCAGUGCCUGGCCGGAGUCAUGGUGACGGCGUCCCACAACCCCAAGGAGGACAACGGCUACAAGGUGUACUGGAGCAACGGGGCCCAGAUCAUUCCGCCGCACGACGCGGGCAUCCAGGAGGCAAUCCUCAACAACCUCGAGCCGAAGGCUUCUUCGUGGGACGACUCGGCGAUGUGUGGCAACACCAUGCUCGAGGAUCCGUACGACAUUGUGGUGCCGCCCUACUUCGAUGUCUUGAAGAAGAACCUGCCUUGCACCCUGCUGGAGGUCAACGGAAGGUGCCCGAUCUCCUUCACCUACACGGCCAUGCACGGGGUGGGCUAUGAGUUUGCGAAACAGGCCUUCGCCCGCGUCAAUCUGAAGCCGUUCAUUUCGGUGUGCGAGCAGCAGGAGCCGGACCCCGAGUUCCCCACCACGCCCAUGCCUAAUCCGGAGGAGGGAAAGACCUCGCUGGACUUGUCCAUCAGAACGGCGAAGGCCAAUGGCAGUCAGAUCAUUCUGGCCAACGAUCCGGACGCCGAUCGCCUGGCGGUGGCCGAAGUGCGCGAGGAUGGUAGCUACAAGCUGUUCAGCGGCAACGAGGUGGGCGCCCUUCUAGGCUGGUGGGCUCUGGAGCUGCACAAAAUGCGCGAGCCCGACUGCGAUGUGAGCAACAUCGUGAUGGUAGCCAGUACGGUGAGCUCGAAGAUUCUGAGGGCCAUGGCCGAGCGGGAAGGCUUCCAGUUCUUUGAAACCCUGACGGGCUUCAAGUGGAUGGGCAACAAGGCCAUCGAGCAGCAGCAGGCCGGCAAGACGGUGUUGUUUGCCUUCGAGGAGGCCAUUGGCUUCAUGGUCGGCACUGCCGUGCUCGACAAGGAUGGAGUCAGUGCAGCUGCCCAUGUGGCCACCAUGGCCUGCUACCUGCGGUGCAAGAAAUGCAUGACGCUGCAGGAAAAGCUGCGCGACAUCUACGAGACAUAUGGGUUCCACGCGACCAUCUGCUCGUAUGUCAUCUGUCGCUGCCCGCCGGUGAUCGCGCAGAUCUUCGAGCGCCUCCGCACCUGGGACGAGGGCAAGGCGGACACCUAUCCCACGAGCAUCCUGAACGGCGAGUACGAGAUCGAGCACGUUCGCGAUCUGACCACAGGCUACGACAGCAGCACCGGCGACAAGAAGGCCACCCUGCCGACCAGUUCCAGCUCCCAGAUGAUCACCUUCACCUUCAAGAACGGCCUGGUCGUCACGCUGCGCACCAGCGGCACGGAGCCCAAGAUGAAGUACUACGCCGAGAUGUGCGGCAAGCCGGACGAAAAGAACUGGGGGAAGCUGACCAACACAAUGAACACCAUGGUGGAGGCCAUUGUCGAGGAGUUCUACGAGCCAAAGAAGAACGGGCUCCAGCGCAAGAAGGACUAAUCUGAAUGCCCAUCGGGGGGAAACUCUUAGCGAAUUUGACCACACAUAAAACUUGUUGACCUGGUAAAAAUUAUAAGUUCUAUACUGACAGCACUGACGCACAAGCCAAAAAGCAACAGCAGCGCCAAGCUGUUGACUUUUAGUCUUUAAAGGAUAUUUGAUAUGUUAGUAAUCCGCUUGCAUUAGGCGAAUAUUUAUGAAAGCAUGUAAAUAAAGACGAACAUUAUGGGCCACCAGGCACCACCUGAA